UCAGAUUUGUUACAAAGUUUGCUGUUUGUGAAGCAAACACAAAAAAAUCUGAAAACUAAACAAAGAAAUAAGAAUUAAAAAUCAAAAUAAAUUACGUAAAUUAAUACAUAUGUAAAUGUUGUAGUAACCAAGCAAGAAAUUUUUUGUCACUGCCAAAACAUGAAUAGUCCAGGAAAGGUAAAAGGAUUUUUUCGUAUACAUCAUUUUGUUCAGCAGGUCAAACGUUAUUUACAUAAUAAUAAUGCCUCAAAAAAUAAUGUUUUGUAUCCUCUUAGCCGAGGCUUGUUAAGGCUAAAAGGCGAGGAUACUUCUGGAUUCUUACAAGGACUCAUAACAAAUGAUAUGAGGCAUUUUGAAACUGGUUCUCAAUCUAUAUAUGCCAUGUUUUUAAAUAAUAAAGGUAGAGUACUGUACGACACUUUAAUUCAUAAAUGGGACAGCAGCGAAUCAUUUCUGGUCGAGUGUGACCCCAAAGUUAUAAAUUUAUUGGAAAAACACCUCAAAAUGUUUAAACUGAGAAGAAAUGUGACCAUUGAAGAUAUCAGUAAAAGUUUCAAUGUAUGGGCCAUCACAAUACCAACAGCAGACGUGACCACUACCAAAGAUAAUAAAAUUAAUAUAUACAAAGAUCCUCGUCUAGCUGAUUUAGGUUUUCGAAUAGUAGCAUCAAACACUCUAAAAGAUUCUCAAGUAGCUGAUAUUGUUGGAGGCGAUAUUAGUAUUGAGAGGAAUGAAAAUGGGUACAAAUAUUUAAGGUACAAGUUGGGAGUGAGUGAAGGUGCAGCUGAUUUGCCACCGGGAUCCAGCUUCCCACUAGAAAUUAAUUGUGAUUAUCUCCACGGUGUCAGUUUUCACAAGGGCUGCUAUAUCGGCCAAGAAGUAACAGCUAGAGUACACCAUACAGGUGUUGUAAGAAAAAGAAUAAUGCCACUCAAAUUUUCUGAACCAAUUUCUGAGGAACCCCCACUCGAUACAAACAUUGUAGCAGCUAAUAAACCUGCUGCGAGCCUAGGAAAGCUAAAAGGCGUCAUGAGAGACUAUGGAAUAGGAUUAAUAAGGAUCAAAGAGAGUCUAGAAGCAAAGACUGUAAAAAUAAAUAACUACACUGCUGAACCUUUCAAACCGAUGUGGUGGCCUCUAGAAGCACCAAAGGAAAUAGCAAAAUCUACUGAAACUAUUUAACUUAUUUAAAAACAUGGAGACAUUUUGGAACAUUUUGUAUUUAUUGAAAUGAAAAAUGGAUGAUGAAAAAGCAAAAGAUAAACAAGGUAAUGAAACUUACAACUUUAAAUGCUAUGUAUGUGAAAUGUCUGAAGUAGCACAUUACUAUGGGAAAACACCCCCAUUCUCC